UGAUUCUACACUUUCGUACAUAUUAUUCAUCUAUUCUAAUUUUACACGCUCUUCAUUUUUGUUUUCUUCAACCCAAUUUCACGAUCAAAAUCCUUAAACUCUCCUCCUUCACACUUUCAACUAACGCGCAUGUCGUUUAUUUUGCACUGAUCGCGCUUUUUUUCUAUUCGGAUUACGUAAAUCACUUUUUCCCAAUUUAAAUACCGACUUCUGUUUCAUUAUGUUGUUGUUGCUUGACUAUUAGUUACUGAGGUUUCAGACUAGAUGAUUGUGGGCUUUUAGCAUGUCAGGGAAUAAUACCCGAAUGGAUCUUGGAAGGCCCAUGUCAGGUAGAAGAAGAUUGAAAGAUUUAUUGCUUCAGAAAGAUAAUCGUGUUUGUGCUGAUUGUAAUGCUCCUGAUCCUAAAUGGGCGUCUGCCAACAUUGGAGUGUUUAUAUGCUUAAAAUGCUGCGGUGUGCACAGAAGCCUUGGUACUCAUAUAUCAAAGGUUUUGUCUGUGACUUUGGAUGACUGGUCAGAUGAUGAAGUAGAUGCAAUGGUAGAAGUUGGGGGAAAUGCUUCUGCUAAUUCAAUUUAUGAGGCUUAUAUUCCCGAAGGAUUUACAAAACCCGGACCUGAUGCCGGUCAUGAGCAUCGUGCAAAGUUUAUUCGGUCAAAGUAUGAGUUGCAAGAAUUUUUGAAGCCUAGUUUACGCAUUGUGUCUGGAAAAAGCAGUAUAGAUUCAAGUUCUUCCAAAAGUUUUAUGGAUAGUUUUAAAAGUUCUAGUUCCCAGAGAACGGAAGGUAUGGUAGAAUUCAUUGGAUUGUUGAAGAUAAAAGUGAUUAAAGGCACAGAUUUAGCCAUCAGGGAUAUAAAGUCAAGUGACCCAUAUGUUGUUUUGAACCUCGGCCAACAGACUGUCCAGACAAGUGUAAUAAGGAGCAAUUUGAAUCCAGUCUGGAAUGAGGAACGUAUGCUGUCUGUUCCCGAGCAUUAUGGACAGCUGAAAUUGAAAGUAUUUGAUCAUGACACAUUUUCUGCUGAUGAUAUAAUGGGAGAAGCAGAUAUUGAUCUUCAGUCACUGAUAACAUCUGCCAUGGCGUUUGGAGAUGCUGGAAUGUUUGGCAAUAUGCAGAUCGGAAAAUGGUUGAAAUCUGAUGACAAUGCACUUAUCGAGGAUAGUCUAGUCGAAAUUACUGAUGGUAAGGUUAAACAAAUGAUGUCACUCAAACUCCAGAAUGUUGAAUCUGGAGAAAUAGAGUUAGAACUUGAAUGGAUUCCUCUUGAUCAAUAGCACUUGACAGCUGUUAACCUAUGAAGAAAUCUCUAAAUUUUUCUGUUUUGCUUUUGGCUCAUCAUCAUCCUAGAGGAACAAAUAAAUCUGUCUAUCUUACAUCUGUUAAAUUAUUGAACCAAACAUUGAAUGUAUUUUCUCCACAGAAAAGAGAGAAAAACGUAGUUUUGCUAAAAUAUUCGUAA